GGGACGCGAGGGCGAGGCGGCCACGCGGGCCCGGGAAUGCCCGCAGCGCGGGGCCCCAGAGCCACCCGGUGGCUGCGUCCGGGCGAUGGCUCUCCGCCUGGUCGCCGACUUCGAGCUCGGGAAGGACGUGCUCCCGUGGCUGCGGGCGCAGAGGGAGGCGUCCGAGGCCCGCGGGGCCGGAAGCGGCGGUGCAGAUGUUUUAGAAAAUGAUUAUGAGAGCUUACGUGUAUUAAACAUUGAAAGAAAUGGAAAUAUCAUAUAUACCUAUAAGGAUGAUAAGGGAAAUGUCGUCUUUGGAUUAUACGAUGGCCAAACCAGACAAAACAAGCUUCUGUAUGCCUUUGAGAAAGACUUGGAAGUUUUCAGUUGCUCUGUUAACAGUGAAAGAACUUUGCUUGCUGCAAGUUUAAUUCAGUCUACUAAAGAAGGAAAAAGGAAUGAACUUCAACCAGGAUCAAAGUGCUUAACUUUGUUGGUUGAAAUCCACCCUGUUAACAAUGUGAAGGUUCUGAAAGCUGUGGAUAGCUAUAUUUGGGUUCAGUUUCUGUACCCACAUGUUGAAAGUCAUCCUCUUCCAGAGAACUGUCUGUUACUGAUUUCAGAAGAGAAAUAUAUUGAAAAAUUUCGUGUCCAUGUCGCCCAAGAAGAUGGAAAUAGAGUGGUGAUUAAAAAUUCUGGCCAUCUCCCAAGAGACAGAAUAGCCGAGGAUUUCGUUUGGGCUCAGUGGGAUAUGUCAGAACAGAGAUUAUACUACAUUGACCUGAAGAAAUCAAAGAGUAUCUUAAAAUGUAUCCAGUUUUAUGCUGAUGAGAGCUACAACUUAAUGUUCGAAGUACCCUUGGACAUAUCAUUAAGCAACUCAGGAUUUAAACUUGUCAACUUUGGAUGUGAUUAUCAUCAAGACCGAGAGAAAUUAUCCAAACACCUAAGUCUGUGUGUUUUUACCAACCAUACAGGAAGUUUGUGUGUAUGUUACAGCCCGAAGUGUGCUGCUUGGGAACAAAUUACGUAUUCAGUGUUUUACAUUCACAAAGGACAUAGCAAGACUUUCACCACUUCUCUCAAGAAUGUUGGCUCACACAUGACAAAGGGCAUUACUUUUCUCAACCUUGACUAUUAUGUGGCCGUUUACUUACCCGGUCAUUUCUUCCACCUACUUAAUGUUCAACAUCCAGACCUGAUCUGCCACAGUCUCUUUCUGACAGGAAAUAAUGAAAUGAUUGAUAUGCUACCUCAUAGCCCCUUACAGUCACUGCCAGGGUCCCUGGUACUGGAUUGUUGUUCUGGAAAGCUGUAUAAAGUGAUGCUCAGCCAGUCGUCUUUAUUACAGCUCCUGCAGAACACCCGCUUGGACUGUGAGAAGAUGGCCACAUUGCACUGUGCGCUCUCCUGUGGUCAAGGUGCACAGUUCCUGGAAGGCCAGAUUAUUCAAUGGAUUUCUGAGAAUUUUUCUGCCUGCCAUUCAUUUGACCUCAUUCAGGAAUUCAUAAUUGCUUCUUCAUAUUGGAGUGUAUAUUCAGAGACAAGUAACGUGGACAAACUAUUGCCACAUUCCUCAGUGCUCACUUGGAAUACAGAAAUUCCUGGAAUAACUCUUGUAACAGAAGACACUGCAUUGCCUCUUAUGAAGGUGCACAGCUUUAAGGGCUACUGGGAAAAAUUGAACUCCAACCUAGAAUAUGUCAAGUACGCCAAGCCACACUUCCACUAUAACAACAGUGUGGUCAGGAGAGAGUGGCAAAACCUGAUCUCUGAAGAGAAAACAGGAAAAAGAAGGUCCACGGCAUAUGUGAGGAAUAUUCUUGAUAAUGCGAUAAAGGUGAUUUCUAACCUAGAAGCAAGAAAUUUGGAGCCAAGAUUGACGCCCCUCCUGCAGGAGGAGGACAGCCGCCAGCGGCUGCUCAUGGGGCUGAUGGUGUCUGAGCUAAAAGACCAUUUUUUGAGACACCUACAGGGUGUAGAAAAGAAGAAAAUUGAACAGAUGGUUUUGGACUACAUUUCAAAACUGCUGGAUCUCAUUUGGCACAUCCUAGAAGCCAGUUGGAGGAAACAUAAUCUUCAUUCCUGGGUUCUCCACUUCAAUAGUCAUGGCAGUGCUGCUGAAUUUGCGGUUUUUCAUAUCAUGACUAGGAUUUUGGAAGCUACAAACAGUUUGUUUUUACCUCUGCCUCCUGGUUUUCAUACUCUGCACACCAUCCUCGGGGUCCACUGUCUCCCUUUGCAUAACCUGCUGCAUUGCAUUGACAGUGGAGUGUUGCUUCUCACCGAAACAGCAGUCACAAGGCUCAUGAAAGAUCUGGACAAUACAGAGAAAAAUGAAAAACUGAAAUUCAGUAUCAUUGUGCGGCUUCCUCCGCUUAUUGGUCAGAAGAUCUGUAGACUUUGGGAUCAUCCUAUGAGUUCUAACAUCAUUUCACGGAACCAUGUGAUGCGACUGCUUCAGAACUAUAAGAAACAGCCUCGGAAUUCUAUGAUUGACAAGUCAUCAUUCAGUGUAGAAUUUCUGCCUCUGAACUACUUCAUCGAAAUUCUAACAGAUAUAGAGUCCACCAAUCAAGCCCUGUAUCCUGUUGAACAACAUGACAAUGUGGAUGCAGAAUUUGUAGAGGAAGCAGCUCUGAAACACACCACAAUGCUUUUAGGCUUAUGAAAAAGAAAACACAAUUGGAUCUGCUGCUGCUAUUUAAUCUUGCUCAUAACCUUACUCCUAUAGAGAAUUCUUUCUUUAGCAAUAUUUAAAAUUGUUAACAAAAAUAAGAAAUUAUUUAGCCAUCUGAUUUUCAGUUUGGUACUUGUUGAGACAGAACUGUAACUGCUGUACCACAUUCCAAUUUUGAAUAGCCAUUGAGCAAUCAAGUGUAGAGAAAUGAUAAAGGGCCUAAGCAGGCAUAUAGUGGCAUCAAUGAUGCUCUACCUAGUAGCUUAAGAGGCUACAAGCUAGUUUCUGUUGCACUCUGAAAUAAAAGAUGCUUUAAAAAUGUAGGGAACAGUGCUUUGAAAAGCAAAAGCUAGGUGUGUCACUGAAAUAAGCAGAAAAAUUAAAUGUUGCGUAAGAACACUAGUUGGAAAGAGGUUCCUUUUAAAAACUGAAUUUGUACUAAAUAAAUUUGCCAUGUCCAGCACAGAAUAAUUUGUAUGUAGUAUUUACAGCAGGGUUUGUCUUUGUGUAUUCAGAUGAAAUGUAUUUAAUUUUUUUAUAUUUAUAAAAGUUUGAUUUAUGAAUAUUUUGUCAUUAAAAAACCUGAAAACA